AUGGCUUGCUCCGUGCCAUUUGCUUUGAAGGGUGCAAUUGAAGAGGAGUUAGUAAGGAUGCAGACACUGGGAGCCUUGCAAGCUGUCGGUCACUCUGCAUGGGCUGCAACUAUUGUUCCUGUAUUAGAUGUUGAUAAAUAUCCACUAUCUAAACGAAAUGAGUUAUUUGCUUGUUUGGCCGGAGGAAAGAAGUUUACUAAGUCGGAUAUGUCUCAUGCGUAUAACCAACUAAUGUUGGAUAGCAAUUCAAGUAACUUUGUUACUAUCAACACACAUAAGGGUUUAUUUCGUUUUACACGUCUCCCGUUUGGGGUAGUAUCACCUUCGGCGAUUAUUCAGAAAACAAUGGAUCAGCUGUUGCAAGAGUUGCCACGGAUUAUUUGCUAUAUUGACGACAUCUUGAUAGCGAGUGAGACUGAUGAAGAAUAUUGGCAGAAUGUUAGAGCAGUGCUUCAAAGAUUACAAAAUAAUGGCAUUCAUAUUAUGAACGAAAAAUGUUCUUUCAUGCAAGAGUCAGUGACCUAUUUGGGAUGUUGUGUUUCAGCUAAAGGAUUGUCGCCAACAAAAGUCAAGAUGAAAGCCAUAGCAGAAGUGCCAAGUGCGAAUAACGUGAAAGUCAAGAGGGAGAGGUCGAAUGAAUGUGAUGAGGCAUUUCAAUUGACAAAAACUCGCUUGACGUUACUAAAACCAGAUAUUCAAGCUAGAGUUCUAGCAAGACAGGCGUCACAGAAACUUGGAUAUGAUAAAUCACUUUUGCGUGAAUUCUUUGUUGGAGAACAGGUUUGGGCAAAACAUGUGAGGGGAAAGCCGAGGUGGGUUAAAGGAGUAGUGGCAGAAAGAUCAGGACCAUUGUCAUAUUUGGUGGAGGUGUUGCGGAAUGGUAAUCAAGCUUUGUGGAGAAGACAUAGUGAUUAA